AAUGCUCGACGCCCACAUCGGGAGCGGCUAGACACCGCCCCUGCACCAACACCGUCGAUCGUCCGGCGCCAUCUUGCAACUCCACACCUCCACCCGCAGAAACGUCCGCUCCCCGCGGGGUUGGUACGACUGCAGACGGCGAACCGGCCGCCAUGGUGUCCCACAUCGCAACCGGCGCGGAGCUGGACGCCGCGCUGAAGAUAAAGCAGGAGCCCGGCUUCCAGCACGUGUCCGCCGUCCAGCCGCCCUCGCACGUGCACGGCAACGCAUCUUCAGGGCAGUUCAACCGGCAGUCGGACGGCAGCGGCGCGGGACCACAGCACCAGCUGUACCUGGUCAAGACGGAGCUGCUGGCCGCCGACUCUGAUGUUGGCAACACUGGACCGCCGCUCACCCCCGGCGCGGAGGACGUGACGAGCAGCACCGGCCUGGGCCAGCAGCAGCCCAUGGAGCCGCACCACCACACCCUGGUCGCCAUGGCGCUCGAGCACCACCACGCCACCUACCUCCAGCCUGGGUCGCCAUCUUUCUUCCCCUUCCUGUCCUCACCGCCGCAGCACCAGAGGAACUUCCAGACGUCGUCACACCUCAGCGAGGCGAGCCCUGGAGGCGGCAGCAGCGGCGGCGGCACUGGAGGCGGCGUGAGCAGCUCCGGCGGGGGCGGCAGCCCGCCCCCACACGGCGACAGCACCACCACCCCUACCUCGGCCAGCCUGUCAGUCUCCGAGGUUGGCAGCACUGGCCAGGCUGCCCCCGACUCGUCCCACCCUGGCGGCGGCCGCUGCGAGGACGACACCCCGGCGUCGGACACGACGACGUCGGCGGGCGACGCGGCCACUCCGACCUCCGCAUCCGGUGGCACCGCCAACAGCGCCAGCGGCGGCACUGAUAACAAAAGUGGGGGAACCACCACGGGCAGUGCUGCCAACGGAGUGGGGGAGGAGCAGCGCUCCGGCGAUGCUGGCUCGGCCAGCACUGCCAACACGAAGCCGCCGUUCUCCUACGUGGCGCUCAUCGCUAUGGCCAUAGCGCAAUCGCCGCACAGGAGGGCGACUCUGUCGGAGAUCUACGCCUACAUCACGAGCCGCUUCCCCUACUUCGAGCGCAACAAGAAGGGCUGGCAGAACUCCAUCCGGCACAACCUGUCGCUCAACGAGUGCUUCGUCAAGGUGCCGCGAGAGGGCGGCGACCGCAAGGGCAACUACUGGACGCUCGACCCGCAGUACGAGGACAUGUUCGAGAACGGCAACUUCCGCCGGCGGCGGCGCAUGAAGCGGCCGUUCCGCGGCGGCCUGGGGGCGGUGGCCGCCCCCGCGGUGCCGUACGGCGCGGCCGCCGCCUACCACCCGCACCACGCGCACCACCACCACCACCACCACCACCAGCACCCCCUGGUGGCGGCGCACCACCCGCACCACCCGCACCACCAGCACCCCGGCCACGGCCAGCACCCGCUGCACGGCCACCAGCCGCACCACCAGCCGCACCACCAGCAGCACCCCGGCCACGCCCACGCGGGGCUCGCCGUCCACCCCCAGCUGCUGGGCGCCGCCGCGCGCUCGCUCUUCGGGCCGUCGGCGCUCCAGGCCGCCGCCGCCGCCGCCGGGGGCGGGGGCGUCGGGGGCGGAGGCGUCGCCGUCGGGGGCGGCGCCGUCCCGCCCCCCGCCUACCCGCACUACGCCAGGUACGAGCACAGGUCAGUACCUCGCAGUGCGACAGACCUCACCGACAUCGCGAGGUAG